GUCCUCCUCCUCCUCGUCCUCGUCCGACAGGAGGGCCCCGGCCCCGGCCCCGGCCCCGCCGCGGAACCGGAGCAAUGGGGAAAAUGUGUUUUCUGGCCAGUCAAAAAUCUCUUCCUAUAUGAGUUCCAACAAGUCGCCUGGAGCUCGUCCACCACUUCAAGAGGAAAACUCAGUCUCACAUCAUGAAAUCAAGUGCCCGGGGAAGGCGUCAAAUGAAAUGUUUAAAAAAGGAGAAGAAAAAAGAAAUCUCAGUAGUACCUCAGAGGGACCCGUGAAAUUAGAAGAACAGAAAGAAAAAGAAACGAAAGGUCCUUCUCCAGAGUCGUUACAUAAUCAAAAACUAGAAGCUGCAGAGACGCUGAAAAAUAUGGUGCCGCCUUCUGGAUCUGUUGUUGUGGUCAAUGCCAAGCAAGCUCUGAAAAAGCCAAUCAAGGCCAAUCAGACAUCAAGGAGAAAAACGCAAGGGAAAACGCAACAGAACCGCAAAGUUACAGAUUAUUAUCCCGUUAGAAGAAGCUCCAGGAAAAGUAAAGCAGAGUUGCAGUCUGAAGAAAAGAAGAAAAUAGAUGAAUUGAUUGAAAGUGGAAAGGAAGAAGGAAUGAAGAUUGAUUUCAUUGAUGGCAAAGGCAGGGGGGUCAUUGCCACGAAACAAUUCGCUCGAGGAGAAUUUGUGGUGGAAUAUCACGGCGAUCUCAUAGAGAUCACUGACGCCAAGAAACGAGAGGCUUUGUACGCCCAAGACCCAUCCACAGGCUGCUAUAUGUACUAUUUCCAGUACCUGAGCAAAACCUUUUGUGUGGACGCCACCAGAGAGACAAAUCGCCUAGGAAGACUAAUCAAUCACAGCAAAUGCGGCAACUGCCAAACCAAACUCCACGACAUAGACGGUGUACCUCACCUCAUCCUGAUUGCCUCGAGAGACAUUAAAGCGGGCGAAGAACUGUUGUACGAUUACGGUGACCGGAGCAGAGCUUCCAUUGAAGCUUAUCCGUGGCUGAAACACUAAUGUGCGCUUCCGGACUAAGCACCCUCAAAGGGGACAGAGCGAUGGAUUUCUCUUUUACACCUAGCCUUAGUGGACUGCUUCUGAAGUUUUUAAAGUACAUUCAAAAUGCCUUUUCAGUCUAUUUAAAUAUCUGUCGCGGGCCUCCUGGAAGGCUUGAACAGAUGGUCUUAGAUUACCUAAAAUUUUAUAUUUUUGGUUGUUUUGUACAUUUUGCAUACAGGCGGGCCUGUGCUUCCCACGCGUGCAUGCGAGGACUCGGGGCAGGUUUUGUGGGGAGAAAAUCAGGAAAUAGUUACGCAGUUGGACUGCCUCCAGCCAUGUAGCCGUGGAUUUUUCCAACCCGCUUUAGGGAACGGGAAAUCACUGGGAGUGUGAGCAGGAAACCGCCUCUUCGGAUGGACCGUCCCAACCUCUCCUGCCCCUUGACUUGGGGAGCAACUUGCCGGGUUGAAAAACUUCUCAUCGGGCCGGGCCAGUGGUUCCCCUUUGAUCUUUGAAAGCUUAAUCGUCCCGCGUCGCGGGAAACAUUUAUCGUGCCCUUCUUUCAUCGUGCACAAUGCUGGGUUUGGGUCGAGACCACCGGCUCGAGGAUUUAGACGUCAAAGUGGCACCUCCCACUUCUCCCCGGGAGCGGGACUUCUUCCGCCUGGGACGACGCUUCUGAAAAUGUGAGCCCUGAAAUUUAUAAAAGCUUCUAUGUCCGAAUCAAGUGAAUGAAAUGAUUGCGUUUCUGUAGAUGAGAUGGUACUCUAUUCUUAUGUAGCAGCCGAAAUAAAAGUUUCCCAGCGGGACCAGAAAUCACUUGCCCCAACUGAUUCGGCCAGUUUGGGAACGUCCGCGUUCACCGCAGCCGGAUCUUGUGGCGAACCUAGCGGGAAGGUUACGUUCUGAAGACGCGGGCUUCGACAGCACGUCCACCACCGAGGGGGACCGGUGAUUCGGGGACUUGGACUCUCGUUGUGUUUUUAAGGCACUCGCGGGGGCCGUAGGCAAUAAGACCGUCCGGAUGGCUCAAGAUCUUCAAGCCGGCCGUGGCCUCGCUUCUUCCUUCCACCUCUGAGCCUAGCGUGAGGGGAGAGUCGCAGCACGAGGGAAUCUUCUCGGGAAUCUUCCAGGACCAAAGGGCUGUCGGUGAAAGUUCGUUCCUGCAAGGAAAAUCCAACUGAAAAGUGGAGGCGGCUCUGAAGCCGGCCUUUUGCUUCCCCUCUGUUCGGAUCGGGCUACCUCAGGAAACCUUUUCUGCAGCCUGCCUCAUUCUCACCCAGAUGGCCAAUCAAAUGGGAAUGGGGAGAUGGGAGCUGGAUAAUACUUGUUUGUGGUUUAGCCUUAUAUUUUAAAAACAAACUUGAAAACUAUCCGUGACUGUAAAAAAAUAAAUAAAUAUUUAUUGCCAAGCUA